CUCGUUCAAACCAAAGGAAAAAAAACAAUCACAGUUCCAGGCUAGGUCGCAAUUCCAAUACCCAGAUUUUCAUUGGAAAUAAAUAAAUCCCAAAACUGACACGUGCUUCAUUCACUUUUAUUGCAAAACAUCACAACAAUCCACCAUGUUGUUGGUUUUAUAAGCAAAUUUUUGUGCUUCUAAACUCUCUUCAUUCUGAGGUUACUGAGACAGAAGCAUGGGGAGGAAAUUGGAUGCUUUGCUUGGAAGAAACUUCAAGGCUUCCAAGUUUAAAACUCUGGCCAAGCUUGCUAUUUCUCGGAUCGGUAUCUUGAAGAACCAGCAUCAAGUACGGUGUACCCACGCCCGGUCCGAUGUGAUUGAACUCCUUAACCUCGGUCACCAUGAACAGGCCCUUCUUCGUGUAGAGCAUUUGAUUAGAGAACAGAAUAUGGUGGAUGCAUUUACUAUCAUGGAAACCUACUGUAAUUUGUUGAUAGAGAGGGUCAUGCUGAUUCAAAAGAACAUGGAAUGUCCUGAUGAGCUUAAAGAGGCAGCAUCGACCUUGAUGUUUGCAUCAUCAAGGUGUGGUGAAUUCCCUGAGCUUCUUCACAUUCGUGGGGUUUUUUCAUCGACUUUCGGGAAAGAAUUUGUGGUUCGUGCCAUUGAAUUACGCAACAAUUGCAGUGUGAAUCCUAAGGUGAUACAAAAGCUUUCAACACUGCGGCCAAGCUUAGAAAGCAAGUUAAAAUUGCUCAAGGAGAUUGCUACUAAAAAGGGUAUCACCUUGAAUUUGGAGGAAAUGGCUGUAGAGGUGAGGAACUUAACUGAGUCAGCCAACGAUUUGCCUGUAGGAAAAGACAUGGAUGAAAGCUUAAGUGAGUCAAUGAAAGCAAGGAAAAAGUACAAAGAUGUGGCAGAUGCUGCUCAAGAGGCUUUCGUAUCAGCAGCUUAUGCAGCAGCAGCAGCACGAGCAGCUGUGGAGCUCUCAAGAAUUGAACCCCAAGACUUUGAUUCUCCAAAUAAUGCCAUGGCCCGAAGCGAAGACCUGGAGCUGAAUGAAACGGAAGAGACUAGACAAAGUUUAUCCAGAGAAAGGACAGUUUCUAGUUCAAGUUCAGAUUCGGAUGCAGACCUUUCAGGUGAGGAAAGUGAUGGGGAGAAGGCAAAAGAGGAGCCACACACACAGCCCCAUGAGUUGAGCUAUGAGAUUACCCAAAGUGAUGAAGUCAAUGAGGAUGAAAGCAAGUUGGGAUAUCAAUCUUCAAAGCUGAAGAACACUGAAAGCUUUGAAGAGCAUUUGAAUUCACGUAAGAACAAAAAAUGGGUGUCGAUGAGGACUAGAAGAGAUUAGACCAUGGGAUCUGAUUUUUAUUUAUUUUAAUUUGUUAGUGAAAUUUUGUUUGUUGCUUUAUCUCAUCAUCAUCAUCAUUAUUAUUAUUAUUAUUAUUAUUAUUUGGUUAAUAUAUUUAUUUUUUCCUAAUACACACAGCUGGACCUGAUGAGAUUCUUUUA